AUGAGUUCCAUAGGUGUUGUUGUGUUCCGCAAUUCUCCGCUCAAACAACAGGUGCUCCAAGAAACUGUGAAUAAUUCUAUAAAUAUAAGCAAUAACGAGAACGUUCGUCGUGAAAUCAUAAUAUUGAGAAAGAAACAAAAACAUCAAUCCCAAAACACAGUGUCAGUGACGUCGCUAGUGAGUGCUUCAGAACAAAAUAAUAUUGUUUUAGCUAAACGUCCCAAGCUACGUGAAAAUAUUCCUGAUGAAUCUACACGUACACCAACACCAUUAGCGGUAGCGAGAAGAAAUGCGCGGGAAAGGAAUCGUGUACGUCAAGUCAACGACGGUUUUGCUGCUUUGAGGCGACAUAUACCUGACGAGGUCGCUGCAGCUUUCGAAAACGCGAAUUCGAAUAGAGGCCCUAAUAAAAAGCUUAGUAAAGUUGAAACACUGCGUAUGGCUGUAGAAUACAUUAGAAAUCUAGAGAAUCUUCUCAAUAUAGGGCACGGAGAUAAAGAAAAUAUGUCACGGCCAUCCAUGGAAUCAUUUCCGUCACCAGCAUCUUCAUCUCCGAGAGAUAACAGCCAGGAAAGAAGUUAUUAUUCCCUUAAUUCACCAGCUCUUGACGAUGAAGAUAUGGAUGAGGAUGAUUUAGAUGGUUCCAUCCAUCGACUCCCAACUCAGCAAUAUAUGGACCUACCUUCUGAAACUUUUCAAUUAGUUUCCACACCACAUUUAUACGAGGAAGAUGAAACUAGAAACCCACUUACUCCCUCAUCUGACCUUCUCGGAGCAGAAGAAAUAAACUCUCAUGUUUUGGAAACACACUUUCCAUUUCCUAACUCAGCUGAACAAUUCACAGUAAUUCCUGAACAAAACUAUUGUGAACCAGAAGCUGCAUUGAAUGAUGGAGAUUUUGAAAUUAAAUAUGCUGAAACAAUUCAAAACAUUCAUCGCAACUUUGAAGAAGAUUCACAGCUUCCAUUACAAUCAAUCAAUCCAGAUUUGAUGCUCUCACACAAUCAAUAUAAAUUCAAGGAAGAAAGUAAAUAUUUAGAUCAUCACUACAACGACGUCGAUCUUAAAAAGGAACUACCAGACAUACAAGUUACACCCGAAGAUCGUGAACAAUUCGAAGAGACCCUUAAAUGGUGGCAAGAGAAAACUAGACAGGCGCGAUCUAUUCCUAAAAACAGCACUUGA